AUGAAGAUCUGGACCUCUGAGCACGUCUUUGACCACCCCUGGGAGACGGUCACAACGGCUGCAAUGCAGAAAUACCCUAACCCGAUGAACCCCAGCGUGGUGGGCGUGGAUGUCCUACACAGACACGUGGACCCCUCCGGGAAAUUGCACAGCCAGCGACUCCUCAGCACCGAGUGGGGCCUGCCCUCAGUUGUGAGAUCUCUUAUUGGCACCACAAGAACCAGAACCUACGUGCAAGAACAUUCUGUAGUUGAUCCUGUAGAGAGAACAAUGGAGCUGAAAUCAACUAAUAUUUCAUUUACAAAUAUGGUGUCAGUAGAUGAGAGACUUAUAUACAAACCACAUCCUCAGGACCCAGGGAAAACUGUUCUGACUCAAGAGGCCAUAAUCACCGUGAAAGGCGUCAGUCUCAGCAGCUACCUAGAAGGCAUGAUGGCGAGCACUAUGUCCUCCAACGCCAGCAAAGGCCGAGAAGCCAUGGAGUGGGUGAUCCGCAAGUUAAACGCCGAGAUUGAGGAACUGGCCGCCUCAGCCAGAGGGAGCAUAAGGACACCUAUGGCGGCUGCGGCGUUUGCAGAGAAAUGA